CCCCUGUGAACCAGACCAGUGUUCACCUCCUCCUGCUCCUCACCGGCGGGGAGUCGUCACCUCGCCGCAGUCCUGCGCUCCUCGACGGGAGAGAAGACACGCAGCAGCGCCAGGAGCAGUGCGCCUCUCAGGAGGAACGUCUUUUUUUUCUUCUUCUUCUUCUCACCCCCCUCCCCCCGGUGGAUCUUUUCGGAUAUUUGAGACUGCUGGAGAUAUAACCGACACGUAUUCCCCCCCCUUGAGUGCAACGUGUAAGCAGCUUGGAUACGGCUCUCCUGUAACCAUGGGGGACGUGGUUUCCUCUCACCUGGAUGAGGGCCGACGGGAGGUGAUAACAGCUCGGACCAGAGACGUGAUGAAGGAGUUCGGUAGCGUGUACCAGCAGCAGUACGCCGUCGCCCUCUUCAACAGCGUCCGCUAUGAGAUCGAAGGAGGAGGAGGAGCGCAGUCACAGCUGCUUCACAGGAAGGACCCUCUGGCAGGCCGGUCCAUCUUCUCAGGGAGUCUGUUUCAGUAUCUGGAGGAGAAUCGCAAGUGGAGGAAUCGCUUUGUGUCCGUGCCCAACAGCUACACCAUCAGUCUCCACGAGAGCAAAACAGCACACGAACGAGGCCUUCACCCGAAAGGAACCAUCAACUGCGCUGGGUACAAGGCCCUGACCUCAAUGGAGGAAUACAUAGACCUGAUCAACACCAGCCUGCCGGACGUCAAGGCCAAAUCGGGCAGCAAUCCGUUCAUCAAGUGUGCGACCCAGUUCCCCCUCAUCCUGUGGCACCCGUACGCCCGCCACCACUACUUCUGUGUGACGACAGAGAAGGAGCAGAAGAAGUGGCACGCAGUGCUGCAGGACUGCGUCAGACACAGUAACAACGGUCUGUCAGAGGACUGCACCGUUCAGACGCCGGCCUUCACCGACUCGGUGAGGCUCCACAGACAAGCCAAGGGACACUACGGGACCUGGGACAUGAUGUGCGGAACGCCCCCACAGAUUCUUGCUAACCUGGUCAUGGAGAGCCUCCACCCGGAGCUGAGGAGCGUUAUCGCACCUCGCCUGAGGGGGAAGAUGCAGCAGAGGCAGAAGCAUUGGAUGUUGAUCUCCGAUGCGCUGUACAGGCAGGUGUUGUCUCAGACCACCAGCCAGUACGAAGCACUGGCCGAAGCCUGCGAGGCCCUGAGGGCCCCGCUGGACGGCGGGCUGCGGACCGACAUGGACCAGAUCAUCGCGUCCAAAGAGCACGUCAGCAGCAAGAUGCGAGCUCUGGUGCUGCCCAAGGCGGAGCAGCUCCUGCGGACCAACGUCCAGCCCUACAUCAGCUCCAUCCUGGAGGCCCUGAUGGAGCCCAGCAGCCGGGGCUUCUCCGAGGUCAGGGAGGUUUUCUUCAGGGAGCUGGUGGAGAUCAGCAAGAACUUGCUCAACGGAGGGGGGAAAGACAAACUGGGAGACCCCAUGGAGAGGCUGUCCAUGCUCGCCCUCCACCCGGUGAAGAUGCAGAGCUGCUACGAGAAGGUGGAGCAGCUCAAUCUGGAGGGCCUGCAGCAGAGGUUCGACCUCGCCAGCCCCUCGGUGUUCGUCAGCAGGGCUCAGACCCUCAUGGGGCAGCAAAUGGACAAUGCAGUGUACACAUUUGAGCAGCUGCUCAACCAGUCUUUAGAGACCCAGGGAGAAGAUGACAUGUGCAAGACCAUCCAGCGAUGCCAGGACAGGGUUCUCAAGAAAUAUGAUUAUGACAGCAGCACGGUGCGCAAGAAGUUCUUCCGAGAGUCUCUGCUGCAGAUCAUCAUCCCAUACAUGCUGCAGCAGCUCUCGCCAUCCUGCUCACCUGAGCUGCCUCGCUUCAAAGAGCUGAUCUUCGAGGACUUUUCCCGUUUCCUGCUGGUGGAAAACCUGUUUGAGGAGGUGGUGCUGCAGUGCGUCUCCAAGGACAUCAUGAUGGCUGUGAAGGAGGCAGCGGUCCAGAGGAGACACAAUCUGUACAGGGACAGCAUCAUUCUGUCCAACAGCGACCCCAACCUGCACCUGCUCGAAGAAUCACCUCAGGUGGACUGGGCUGCCAAAUUCGGGGGCGAUGAGCCGGAGGGCCCCGUUGGUGACGGCGGCGAGUCUGAAGGAGGGGGCUCUGGGAGCAGACGCAGGCAGGUGGUGUCCAUGAUCCAGCUGGACGGGAUCCCUCUCUCCUUUGAGUCCUGCAUGGAGGUCCCAGGUGUGGAGAUUAUCCCCGAGGAGGAUGCCGAGGCGUCUGAGGAGCCCAUGUCGCCCGACAGCGUGACUGGAAUCAGAGACCUGAUCAAUCCGAUGGUGAAGUUGGCGCCUCCCGUCUCGAAGGAGAGCCCGAGCGACAUGACCAACGGGAUGGAGCCGACCACAGGCACCGUCACCUGGGAGGACGGGGAGCAGGACGGCGUGACGCACGUCACCCCCACGGUGGAGGGCGGGGAGCAGGACGGCGUGACGCACGUCACCCCCACGGUGGAGGACGGGGAGCAGGACGGCGUGACGCACGUCACCCCCACGGUGGAGGACGGGGAGCAGGACGGCGUGACGCACGUCACCCCCACGGUGGAGGACGGGGAGCAGGACGGCGUGACGCACGUCACCCCCACGGUGGAGGACGGGGAGCAGGACGGCGUGACGCACGUCACCACCACACUGGAGGACGUCCCCCGGACACCUCCGCCAGACAAGACGGCCCCGCAGCCGGUCGUCGAGCAGCCGGUGGAGAGCGUGGAGGAGGAAGCCGAUGGGGAGCAUCAGGAGGAGGCAGCCAUCAAGAACGCCAUCGAGGAGAGAGAGAUAGCGGUGCAGGAAGACGACAGCGGACGCAUUGCCGAGGGCUCCGCAGCAGGGUCGGAUUGUGAGCCUUCGCCAGCGGCACCGCAGGCUUCGGACUCCAGCUCGCGCAGCGACAGCGGCUUCCAGUCACCGUCCAGCGUGGGGCCGGACGAAGGUGAGCUUCAGCCAAUCACAAACGGUCUGGAGGCAGAGGACAAAGUAAUUGACCCGGUGGAAGUGGAAGUGGUUUUGGUGUAGGGAGGUAAUCCGCCGGACAUAACUCUAAUACUGGAGAAAGGCUCAGAGGAAAAAAGUGUGCAUCACAUGUGAAGGGAGAGAAUGAAUAAGGACUGUAUUUAAAAGGUUUAAUUCAAAUGAGUAUUGUACACUUCCAGCCUCCCUUCGACUUUUUUUUUUUUACUUUGGUGAUUGGUUCCUUUCUAUGCAGCUUUGCAAAGUAUCUUCUUCACUGCUUUCAUAUCUGCUCCUUUAUGCUAUGUUAACAGGUCCAUCACAAGGACCAGGUUUUUUUUUAAAGUAAGCUCUUAACAUCAACUACAUCUAAGUUAUUAAUGUUUUAAAAAAUGGUGUUAAAGGUUUGUUUACGUCAGUUAUAUCUGUAAAUCAGGUCUGUAUUGUUUUUUCUUGAUGCAUCACAUUCAUAAUCACAGCCUCUACCUGGGCAGCAGGGGGUGCUACAAUCAGCCUUUAGAUGUUGGAUGGGGAUUUGUCCACUGCUAUUUCUUUUGAAAUCUAUUUUUGUAAUUUUCCCACGUAGCCUGUUCUUUGAAAUCUUUUCCUGUAUUCGCAAAUGGCCUUCAUGUUUCAACACCAGAUAUUUAGUACAAUCUGUCAGGAAUGAUUUGCACUUACUGUGAUUUGAUGAGUUGGAUGUUUUCAUCUUUUUGACGAGCAACCAAAAUUCAUCGCAAGAUACAGCAAAUAAUGUCUCUUUAAACUUGUAGGAUUUGGAUGUAACGUGUAAUCAUGCGGAGCUCUCUUUGUGAAUAUGAGGGAGAUUCAUCAUGUCAACUCUCUUCACAAAUUUACUUUAUGGUAAAUACAUUAAAUCAAACGCGACAGCGACUAACUGAAUUCAAAUUUGAAUAAAUCUGGGGAAUUAUUUUCCGAAACAUUAAUGUCGUUUGGAUACGUGGCUUUUAAGAGUUUUAUAUCCUCAUUUGUGUUAUAAAAAGAAAAGAUAAGAGAUUGCAUCACUGAUACUUAUCUUGUUGGGGAAAACGUGUUGUUCCUGUAAACCAUGACAGCGUUUUAGUUUCCUCGGAAGAAAUUAGAGACAAUAAAUCUUCUAAUAUGUUGAACAUAGCAGACACAUUUCAGAUUUGUGCACGCUCAGCGGACCCGCCAUGCGAUUAAAGACUCUUCUGAUAAUAUGACACAUGGAGAUAUGUGUUGCUUUUGGAUAGACUGCAUUUGUAUCUUCAUCUCCAUUCACUAAAAAGAAAAAACAGGAAAUAAAAGCAUAAAAACCUUCUUCAAGGACAAAUGGACACUACAUACUGAAAUAAGUGUGUCGUAUACAGAGGACACGGAGGUACCAGAAGUGGAAUUAAUGUAUGUAAAUAAAUAAAAGUACAAACAUA